AUGAGUGGGCAAGUUCCAUUUAUUGCAUACAACUUUGAUCCAAUAUCGGCCAGAACGGGGCACCUCAUCUCCAUUGUUAUUGGAUGUCUUGCAGACAACAGAACUUCGAUCUACGGUAUUUUCUCUCUUGACGACGCCGUCGAUCUUCUUUGUUCUUCAUUCACUCUCUUCCACAAGUACUCAAUCUUCAAGAUACCAAGAAGACUUCAUACCUGGGGUUUAGUGCUCAUAAAUAGCGACGUUAUCAAUAUUGUUCCGAGGGUCCAGCACAAUAUGGCAGACGUUGCAAAGCCACUAGAUUCUGUGGCUGUAGAGCCUUCCAAACCAGAGCAGAAAGAACUAGAAAAGGUUGCAGAGCCCAAGCUUCCUUCUGAAGACGGUCAUGCCACCAAACCAGCGGAUUCGCCGACAAAGUCCUCCGAAGAAGAGAAUGCUCCAACAGAAACGAAAAAGCCUGACAAAGAAAAGCCCAAAGAAAAGGAAUCGGACUCAAAUCCGCCAGUCGUAGACGUUCCCAAGAAAGAAGUACCGGCUACUCAACCCAGUGAGGAAGAAGGCACGGAUCCCUUGCCAGUCAAGAUUGAACCCAAGCCUACGAAGACAGACGAGAAAUCUUCAAAGAUCGAGGAGUCUCAGAAACUAGAGACAGAAGUUCCAGGCGAGAACGCCCCAGAUGCGAAACCUCCAGCAGAAAAGGCACCAGAUGCUGUUUCUCCAGAAGUCAAGAACCCGGUAGUGAAAGGCUCUCUGACCGAGACUGUUGUUAAUGCUGUUGAGGGCGCGGUCAUCGGCGCUGGGGCUGCGGCUAUCAAGGAGCUUACAGCUAAAACUGCUGGUGACCUAAAGAACAUUGAAAAGGGUCUCCAGCAAGAGCUAGUAGCAGAGACCAAAGAUGGUCUCCCCAGCCUGGCUGAGAUUGGGGAAGGUAUCGUCGAUGUGGUAGAGACCAUUGGCGAGGAAAUUGUGGAAGGCGCUGAGAUUGUUAUCAAAGAAGUCAAGGCCCAUCCUGAGCUGAUCGCUGAAGGCGCUGUUGCCGUGGCUAUUGGAGUUGCUUCUAUUGUCCAACCAGAGCUAAUUGUCGGAAGUGUAGCCAUGAUCGGUAAAAUGGCAGCAGACAGAGCGAAGAUUACUGCCAAUGAAAUCGCCGUAGAAGCUAGUACUCACGUUGUUAAUGAACUUAGCAAAGAUCUGAACGAAGAACUUGCGCAACAUGCUAAGGUUGAGGCAACGACUACUAAAACUGAUACUGUCAAGACAGAAAAGAAUGUAGAUGAGGCUGCAGGGACUAUCACUAAGAAGGAGAUCAAGCAGAGCGUGAAGGAGACAACCAUUCAAAUAGUGCCCAAAGAGCCAGCACCAGCAAGCACAUCCGCAGUUGAUGCAGAUUUAAAGACUGUGGAUAGCAAAGAGGUGAAUCAAAGUGCGACCGAAGCAGUACAAAGUGACGCCAUCAAAACUCCAGCUGAGCCUACCAAAAGAAAUACAGCCGCCGAUGCCGAAAACGUGGCACCAGACGGAAAGCACUCAUCAGUGGUUAUCAAGAGUACCACAAAGACAACUUCAAUCAAAAUCGACGAAGAUGGCACUAUUACCAUUGGUACUGACAGUCCCAAAGACAUAGAGCCUGCCAAAAUAGCUAAAAUUUCGACGACCGAUGCAAACAACGCUGAUGCUUCUGCUGCGGAAGUAAAGCCACCAGGCGCGUCAACAAACCUACAGACCGAUGCGUCUAAGUCUUUGGAGCACAAAAUAAACGAAGCAAUUGAGCAAGUAGGUGGGAGCGUGCCAGCUGCAAAAGACGCCCAGGAAGUUGUCAAGGCAAUGUCACCCGAGCCCUUGACAGUUUCACCUGGAAAACCUUCACUACCUACUACUAUUCCUGAUGGUUUCACUAGCAGAGGCGGUGACCAAGGACUUUCUGCACUCACAGAGACUCUGCUAGAAAUCCACAAGAAGCUUGACGCUCUAAAUAUGACAAAUAGCUCACAUCCAAAAGAAAUGGCAGGCCAGAUUCCCCAGAUCGUUGAUGCCCAUACUCACGAGAGUUUGGAUCAGAUCCACCAAAAGUUAGACGGCAUAAUUCACUUGAGAACCGACGAAACGCAAGCAGUCUUGUCCUCUAGAGAGUCAGGAGAAUCUACCACUGCCCCAGUAGAGGAAGAAAAAGAACAUGUCUUGUCAAGUGCCAUGAGCAAAAUCCACAUUAAACUUGACGAAUUGCUUUUAUCCAAUGCGGAAGUGAUCAAGGCCGCAGCGACCAAAAAGGAGCAAGCUAGCGAGUUAGCUACACAAAAGGACCUGGAGAAACUACAUGAGAAACUCGAUAAAAUGCAAGAAGCACUUGCAAUCAAAUCGGAUUUGGAAGAAGGAAUCGUUCCUGUUCAUAAGAAAAUGGACGCCAUUCAUGAAGCCAUUCUUUCAGAUGCAAAAUCAGCACCCUUUCAGGAUUUUGUGCAAGCGAACGAGAAGGCCAACGACGUGGCUGCCCAAACCGCGACCCAUCUGGAGAACUUCCAUAAAAAAUUCGAAGUUAUGCAAGCAUCUAUUGAUAAGUUGACUGAAGCUCUCGCGGCAAAAUUAAAAGCUGAAGCACCUCCGCCUUCACACCCAGCUGCAAUUCUGACGCCAGAAGCUAGCGGCAUCUCCGAACCAGUCCAGACAAGCGAUUCCACUAAGGACGUCACUGUGCCAGCUCAAAACCCUCAGGACGCCACUGAAGUUUUACCAACCGCCGCAAACGAGAUUACCAAGGACUCUACAACGAAACCGACACCAUCUGAACCAGUAGCCGAAUCAAGCGACACAGCCACCAACAGUAACGUUGAAGCUUCAGCUGAGCCUGCCACACCAAAGAGUCCUGGUGUCAAGAAACACGUCAAACGAUCAAGCUUCUUCGGCGGAUUCUUUGGAUAA